AUGAAACAGGAGGAGGUUUUGGCGUGCUCAUUUGAUUCUUGGUACCCGAUAUUUGAGAAGUACACUACUCGGAGUUCUCGACCUCUUAAAGUAGAAAAGCCCGGUUGUUUUGAUAAUCUUGAUGAGGAAUCUUGGGCUGAUGAUGACGAUCCCGAGGGACCAACCUUUCCGGAUUUCGAGAGUAAAGUCAACAAAGCCAUCAGCUCCCUUGGCGGAAUGGCCUUCCCCAAGCUCAAUUGGAGCGCCCCUAAAGACGCCGCCUGGAUAAAUUUUGGUUCCUGCCUGAAGUGCACAUCUGCUGCCGACCUGUUAGUCCUCCUUAAAGCCUCCGACUUCAUCUCGCACGACAUUUACGCACCAUUCGCUCUGUGCGAUGAGGCUUCCAAAAGUCAGGAAGAACCUCGUUUAAAGGUGAUUUUACGCGCAUGGCGACUGAUUCGUCCAGAAACUGAAUUUCGAUGCUUUAUUCGGUCCAAGCGUCUCUAUGAUGUAAUGGAUGUGUACAUCAAGAAUGAGUUCAAAUCAUCCAUGUCCGUAAAGCUGCUCGAUUUCAACGUCUUCGGCCUGCCAACCGAUGGUCUCUUGUUCGAAUGGACUGAGCUGAAUCUUUUCCCAAUUGACAAAGAGAUAUUCUUUCGCUGGCAGACGGACAAGACAAUGCGCUCGGGUGUGAUGUCGCGCUACAAGCUACCCAUUGAUCUCAUCGACAUCUCCUCCGGCAAAGACCCAGAAAAACUGAUCGAUCUCGUGCAAGCGCACGUCGAUGAGCAACAGAUGUCAGUAGAUGAUAAUGAUUAA